AUGCAGCACUGUCUCUCAAACUGUGGUGCUAAAACUAUUUGGGGGGGGGGGGGGGGGGGGGGGGGGGGGGGGGGGGGGGGGGGGGGGGGGGGGGGGGGGGGGGGGGGGGGGGGGGGGGGGGGGGGGGGGGGGGGGGGGGGGGGGGGGGGGGGGGGGGGGGGGGGGGGGGGGGGGGGGGGGGGGGGGGGGGGGGGGGGGGGGGGGGGGGGGGGGGGGGGGGGGGGGGGGGGGGGGGGGGGGGGGGGGGGGGGGGGGGGGGGGGGGGGGGGGGGGGGGGGGGGGGGGGGGGGGGGGGGGGGGGGGGGGGGGGGGGGGGGGGGGGGGGGGGGGGGGGGGGGGGGGGGGGGGGGGGGGGGGGGGGGGGGGGGGGGGGGGGGGGGGGGGGGGGGGGGGGGGGGGGGGGGGUGGGGGGGGGGGGGGGGGGGGGGGGGGGGGGGGGGGGGGGGGGGGGGGGGGGGGGGGGGGGGGGGGGGGGGGGGGGGGGGGGGGGGGGGGGGGGGGGGGGGGGGGGGGGGGGGGGGGGGGGGGGGGGGGGGGGGGGGGGGGGGGGGGGGGGGGGGGGGGGGGGGGGGGGGGGGGGGGGGGGGGGGGGGGGGGGGGGGGGGGGGGGGGGGGGGGGGGGGGGGGGGGGGGGGGGGGGGGGGGGGGGGGGGGGGGGGGGGGGGGGGGGGGGGGGGGGGGGGGGGGGGGGGGGGGGGGGGGGGGGGGGGGGGGGGGGGGGGGGGGGGGGGGGGGGGGGGGGGGGGGGGGGGGGGGGGGGGGGGGGGGGGGGGGGGGGGGGGGGGGGGGGGGGGGGGGGGGGGGGGGGGGGGGGGGGGGGGGGGGGGGGGGGGGGGGGGGGGGGGGGGGGGGGGGGGGGGGGGGGGGGGGGGGGGGGGGGGGGGGGGGGGGGGGGGGGGGGGGGGGGGGGGGGGGGGGGGGGGGGGGGGGGGGGGGGGGGGGGGGGGGGGGGGGGGGGGGGGGGGGGGGGGGGGGGGGGGGGGGGGGGGGGGGGGGGGGGGGGGGGGGGGGGGGGGGGGGGGGGGGGGGGGGGGGGGGGGGGGGGGGGGGGGGGGGGGGGGGGGGGGGGGGGGGGGGGGGGGGGGGGGGGGGGGGGGGGGGGGGGGGGGGGGGGGGGGGGGGGGGGGGGGGGGGGGGGGGGGGGGGGGGGGGGGGGGGGGGGGGGGGGGGGGGGGGGGGGGGGGGGGGGGGGGGGGGGGGGGGGGGGGGGGGGGGGGGGGGGGGGGGGGGGGGGGGGGGGGGGGGGGGGGGGGGGGGGGGGGGGGGGGGGGGGGGGGGGGGGGGGGGGGGGGGGGGGGGGGGGGGGGGGGGGGGGGGGGGGGGGGGGGGGGGGGGGGGGGGGGGGGGGGGGGGGGGGGGGGGGGGGGGGGGGGGGGGGGGGGGGGGGGGGGGGGGGGGGGGGGGGGGGGGGGGGGGGGGGGGGGGGGGGGGGGGGGGGGGGGGGGGGGGGGGGGGGGGGGGGGGGGGGGGGGGGGGGGGGGGGGGGGGGGGGGGGGGGGGGGGGGGGGGGGGGGGGGGGGGGGGGGGGGGGGGGGGGGGGGGGGGGACUUUCUUGACCAGUUUAUUGCCAUGACAUCAGUACAGACUCCACCCCUCUCUCGGUCUGGCUCCUCCCCCUCAGACGUGGGCUUGACCCAUCGCACUGGCCCCUCUGUGACUCCGCCCACCUCCCUCAGCCUGCGCUCGUCCUACAAUCAGCUGCUCGGGCGCGACGUCAUCAGGGAGUCCCCCACGAUGGAGACCGGACGUUCAGCCACGCUUCCAAAGAGCCGGCAGAGGUACGCCAUGACCAGUGUCCGCAGCGCCAUGGCAAUCAGCGACAACCUGGGCACGGUAAAAAACCAGAGGGCGAGAGGUCUGCCAACUAAGUCCUCUUCGAGCUCUUCCCUCUACUCCUCAUCCUCUACUGCGUUCAACUCGGCCAACCCUAAACUAGUGAAGAACGGAGCCAACAUGCAAAGACGAGCCGAGAGCCAACAGAUGGAGCUGAGUAGAGCCACCACAGAAAGCAAAAUCCACAACGACCUCCUCAAUAACGCCAGUUCUGAUUGGCUGGAUAACUCCCAGCCUUUUCGAAGAAGGACCAAAAGCUUCUUGGGUUAUCACACAAAGACUUGGGACGUGGACAACAACUGCGGACACAAAGAGGAAAAGGAGGAAGAGGAGGAACAGGAGAACAAACAGUUAUCGCCUGAAAAGGAGCAAGCAAGUCCCAAUGAAGAGUGUGAGAUUCAGAAAGAAGAGAAAGAUAACAGUAAGGAGGACUGCCAAGAGGAAAAAGAUGCUGUAGAAGCAAUAGUGGAAGAGGAACUCGAGGCAACACCAUCCCCAAGACAAUCGGUUUUACCAGUAGUGGUGGAAGCGCCUCUGUCCUGCACCUCCUCCAGCAGCAACAGCCCUGAGUGGGUUCCAGAUAACCAGAACCUUCUCCAAAAUCAGCCCAAGAUCCACCUACACAAUGACAUCCAAGCUCCUCGCAGUCCAGCCAAGCCCUCGCGCACCUCCUCUCCCCGGGUGAUCAAGGUCGAGCUGCACCCCAAUGAUGAGAACCAGUUCCAGCAGCAGUUUCCUCUCACGUCGUCCCCGAAACUGCAGCGGAGCGGAGAGAGGAGCACCCCGACGAGAAUUGCAGUGCCCUUUGUGCUGCCCGAGCCGGAGUCAGAGACAGGGCUGCCCCGAGUGAGCCUGAGGAUGGAUCUGACGCCUGAUAGUCCAUCAGAGGCCGAGGAUUCUAGUUGGACCACGUUGUCCCAAGAAACUCCCUCUCCACAGACUCCUCAUGACACAGAUGUAUGGAGUGAAGGGGACCUGCCUCCUGGCUGGAGGGAGAUCUCAGACUCAUCAGAGGUCUAUUUCUGGCAUGUACCCACCGGUACCACUCAAUACCACAGACCUGUUGCCGGUAGCAACGAAGACUCCUCAACGAACAAUGGUCCAGACAAUGAGCCACAGCAACAACCACAGGACGCACUCAAACCCAACGAGCGACCCAGCAGCCUGAUCUCUGACAGCUCUGUGGAGCGCGUGCCCUCGCCCUCCCCCUCAUCCCCCUCAUCCCCCCUGCAUGACAUCAUCUCCUCUGGACCAGACCUCAACCUGCCCACCUGCACAGCCAUGGACCUGAAAGACUAUCCAGUGUAUACAGACCCAAGCCUCAAGGCCUUUGAAGGAGCCACACUACGUUAUGCUUCACUCAAACUCAACCCUCCAGCCCAGCUUGAGACUGUGGAUCUGGACAGCACCUAUUCAGACUCAGAGGCAAUGUCGUUCCCUGUGCGCUCGCUGGGCUGGGUGGAGAUGUCAGAGCAGGAUCUGUGCGAGGGCCGCAGCAGUGUGGCCGUGCACCACUGUAUCCGACAGCUGUCCUACUGUCGGAGGGACAUCCGGGACUCCGCCGGGGUCUGGGGAGAGGGUAAAGGGAUGCAGCUGGUGCUUCAGGACCGGAUGUUGACGCUGGUUGAUCCCGACGACUGCAGCCUCCUUCACUCUCAGCCAAUCAGCAGUAUCCGCGUGUGGGGAGUUGGGCGGGACCAUGACAGGGACUUUGCCUACGUGGCGCGGGACAAGAACACGCGGGUGCUGAAGUGCCACGUUUUCAGAUGUGAUACCCCUGCUGCCGCCAUCGCCACCAGUCUCCACGAAAUCUGCUCCAAGAUUAUGGCUGAAAGGAAAAGUGCCAAGGCUGCAGCUGGCAGCUCCUCCCAGACCGGCUCAGAUGUACCACUACAGGAGUUUCCGAUGCCAAAGACUGAGCUGGUGCAGAAGUUCCAUGUGUUGUAUUUGGGCGUGACGUCAGUCAUUCGUCCUAUAGGGAUGGACAUCAUCAACGGAGCCAUAGAGAGUCUUGUAGCCUCCACUGGAAAAGAGGACUGGAUCCCCGUCAUCCUGAGCAUCGCAGACACCACUUUAUCAGUCAUCAAGGAAAAGGAGGAGGAGGAGGAGGCCGUGGUGGAGUGCCGUGUGCGCUUCCUGUCCUUCAUGGGAGUGGGCCGCGACAUCCACACGUUCGCCUUCAUCAUGGACACUGGGAACCAACACUUCCAGUGCCACGUGUUCUGGUGCGACCCCAAUGCGGGCUGCGUGUCUGAGGCUGUGCAGGCUGCUUGUGUGCUUCGAUACCAGAAGUGUCUGGUAGCGAGGCCGCCCUCUCAGCGCGCCGGCUCCUCGUCCUCUCCCUCUCCAGACUCUGUGACGCGGAGGGUGACCACCAGUGUGAAGCGUGGCGUCCAGUCUCUCAUAGACACUCUGAAAACCAAGAAACAGCCGCCAGAAGUGCCCCAGCAAUGA